AUGACUGAGUUCUUCCUGCAGGAAUUUUCUGAGAGUCGGGAGCUGCAGAUCUUACACUUUGCAAUUUUUCUAACAGGAUACCUGGCAGCUCUGAUGGGGAAUCUCCUAGUUAUUACAGCUAUUUCCCUUGACCACCACCUUCAUGCUCCCAUGUUCUUCUUUCUUAUGAAUUUAUCUAUCCUAGACCUCAGAAGCAUCUCUGUCACUGUUCCCAAAUCCAUGGUUAAUUCGCUGUUGAACACCAGGUUAAUUUCCAAUUCUGGAUGUGUUGCUCAAGUUUUCCUCUUUGUCUUCUUUGCUACAGCCAACUUUACCUGCCUCACUGUUAUGGCAUAUGAUAGACCCGUUGCCAUCUGCAAACCAUUGAAUUAUAAGACCACUAUGAGCAUGAGAGCCUGUUUCCAAAUGGAAACCAUUGGAUGGAUCUUUGCCAUUCUCUACUCUGCACUCCAUAUUGGUAACACCUUUCGGUUACUCUUCUGCCAGUCCAACAUCAUCAACAAGUUCUUCUGUGAUGUCCCCAGCCAACUCAAGCUCUCCUCCUCUGAUUCACACAUCAGUGAAGUAUAG